AUGUCGACUGGCCCGCCGUACUCGGCUGCGCAGGUGGACAACUGCGAAGUGAUUCCGCUGUCUUCUGCGUUCGUUUCCCUGCUGCUUGCAGACGGAGUGACGCUUUCAUCGGCUCCAGUGGCGUCGGGGAUCGAAGAUGAAAACGAAGACGAAGAAGAUCCAUUCAGUGCUCUCGCGGACGAGCAACUGAGCGUCGUUUCGACAGUUAGGAAGCAGGUGGAGCAGGUGCUGCAGGAAUUUGGCGGCAAACUCUUUCCCAAGACCAACUGGAGCGCACCCCGGGACGCGGCGUGGAUGCUCGGUUCGCUGAAAUGCACGAGCUUCGAGGACGUGUUCCUGCUGCUGCAGGCCUCGGACUUUGUAGUGCACGACCUAACGCAGCCAUACAUUGGAUGUAGCAGUGAAAACGACUACAAGUCGCCGCCAGAGAGCUAUCUGGUGCUCAAAAAAUGGUGCAACUUCCUGGACUCGAUGCUGUUUCGGUGCUUCGUCGUUGGUCAUCGUCUUGUGGCGGUCUCACAGCGUAACUGUGACGAGUUUUACGAGUUCUUACCGGACCAGCAGGACGAGCUCUGUGAGCUCCUGUAUGAUUUCUACAAGAUGAACUUCCGAAAGGCUGACAGAGAGUUUGUGUUCCCGGACCCUAACUACAGCUUCGAUGUGUACGUGGACAAGCGUCGACGCGUCUACCUGUUAGAUAUCAACGUAUUCGGCGCUGUUGCGGAUACGCUGCUCUUCUCAUGGGAAGAGCUGCUGGAAUUCCAGACCAUCAGCCCAGCGACGCCCCUGGACGAAGAAGAUGAGCACCAUGUUGUCGAUUUCCGAGUGGUCGAGUCCAAGAAGGGGAUCCGGGCGAACCCUCAAAGUGGGUAUCGUGCACCGACGGACCUUGUGGACCACCUUGCAGGUGGCGCCGGCUUCGAAGCCUUCAUUGAACAGGUCAAGCGCGACAACGCCGCUAAAAGUGAAAGUAGUGACGAGGAGAAUUAGAGGUUGGUACGUGCAGCACUGGCCUGAGCAGUUCAUGUUUGUAUAAAUUAGAGAACUUUUCGUACUUUUUGCUUAA